AUAUAUUAUAUCAUAUUAUUUUUAUAAAUGUUUCGCUUAAAAAGAUUCAUCAAUAAUAAUAGUAGUUCUUUAAAUUUAUUUAAUAAUAGUAUCCAACAUGUAAAAUAUUCAACCUCUUCAUCAUCAUUUAAUAAUUUACUAUUGAACGACGAUGGAAAUGAAAUUAAAAGCAAUAGUAGCUACUCAAGUUUAUUUUUAACAAAUAAAGGAAAAAACACAGAUUUUAAAUUAAAUGACCAAUUUAUUGAAGAGUACAGAAAAAAGAAAGCAAAAUUUGGUUUUGGUAUAUUGGGUGAAAUUGUUUAUCGUAGAACCUAUUCAAGAGUAAAGCCAGAUACAAAUACAAAUGAAAAAUGGUAUGAAACAGUUGAGCGUGUAGUUAAUGGAACAUAUAAUAUGCAGAAAAGGUGGAUUGAAAGCCAUGGUCUCUCAUGGAAUGAUACAAAAGCGCAAUCAUCAGCCCAAGAAAUGUAUAGAAAAAUAUUUGAAAUGAAAUUUUUACCUCCUGGUAGAGGUUUAUGGGCUAUGGGUUCACCAAUUACAGAAAAAAAGGGUCUUUACGCAGCUUUAAACAACUGUGCUUUCGUUAGUACAAUGGAUAUGAAAGACAACCCAACAAAACCGUUUAUAUUUUUAAUGGAUGCUUCAAUGUUGGGUGUGGGUGUGGGAUUUGAUUGUCGUGGUGCUAACAGUUUUAUAAUCAAAGGUCAAUCGAAAAGAAAUUGUGGUGAUGAAAUGUUUAUUAUUCCAGAUUCAAGAGAAGGUUGGGUCCAAUCAGUUCAGAUUUUAUUAGACUCUUACUUUUUAAAUAAACCAAAACCACAAUUUGACUAUUCAAAGAUUAGAAAGAAAGGUGAACCAAUUAAAGGGUUUGGAGGUGUUUGCUCUGGUUACCAACCAUUACAAGAACUUCAUUAUGACAUAUCAAAUAUUUUAGAUGAAUCCACUGGCAAGCCCAUUUCAAUUACAAAUAUAGUAGAUCUUAUGAACCUAAUUGGUAAAUGUGUGGUAUCAGGAAGUGUUCGUCAAUCAGCCGAGAUUGCUUUUGGAGAUCCCAAUUCAACAGAAUAUAUCAAUUUAAAAAACUAUAAAGCAAACCCACAUCGUCAAGCUUUUGGGUGGACCAGCAACAAUUCAGUUUUUGCAGAAAUAGGUAUGGAAUACGACAAAAUAUGCGAACGUAUUAUUGAAAAUGGAGAACCAGGUUUUGCCUUUUUAGAAAAUAUGAAGUCCUAUAGUAGAAUGAUACCAAGCGAAAAAGAUUUUAAAGACUCAAAAGCAUUAGGUGGCAAUCCAUGUUUAGAACAAACCCUUGAGUCCUAUGAAUUAUGUUGUCUUGUAGAAACAUUUCCCAACAAUCACGAUUCACUUGAAGAAUAUCUUUCAACACUCAAAUAUGCUUUUUUAUACAGCAAAACCGUAACAUUAGGAGCCACACAAUGGCCAGACACAAAUAGAGUUUUGUUACGAAAUAGAAGAAUUGGCUGUUCAAUGAGUGGUAUAGCUCAAUUUAUUCAAGAAAAAGGACUAAACGAAUUACGUGAAUGGUGUUUAAAAGGAUACGACUAUGUUACAGAAUUAGAUAAUAUAUACUCUGACUGGUUAGCAAUCCCCAAAUCAAUAAAAAAGACUUCUAUUAAACCAAGCGGUACUGUAUCACUAUUAGCUGGAGCAACACCAGGAAUGCACUACCCAAUUAGUGAAUAUUAUAUUAGAAGAAUUAGAAUUCAUAAAGGUAGCGAUCUUUUACCAGAACUCAAACAUGCAGGAUAUCAUAUAGAGGAGGCUUUAGAUAAUGUCAAUAACAUGGUCGUCGAAAUACCAAUACACUCUGGCAAAAAUAUAAGAAGUGCAAAUUCAAUUUCAAUAUGGGAACAACUUUCAUUAGCAGCUUUUCUUCAAAAACAUUGGGCCGAUAACCAAGUUAGUAGCACAGUUUCAUUUAAUCCAGCAACUGAAGGACCACAAUUAAAACAUGCUUUAAAUUAUUUUCAAUAUCAAUUAAAAGGUGUCAGCUUUUUACCAAAUACAGAUUUAAACUCGAAAACAAUUUACACUCAAAUGCCCUAUGAACCAAUCGAUGAAGAAAAAUAUAAAGAGUUGACCAAAAAUUUAAAACCAGUAAGCUUUGAAAACUCUAGACCAACAGAACCAGAGCCAGAUAAAUACUGUGACUCCAAUAAUUGUACUGUUUUAUCCCAACCAAAUAAUUUAAACAACUUAGAAUAAAAAAAUAAAAUUUAAAAUUAUUUAAAACAAUU